AUGUACGCUGUCGGUCUCGCCCUCUGCACUUUCGCCAACAUUGCAUCUGAAGAGAUGUCUCGCGACCUGUGUAACGAGAUCGAGAAGCUGCUGGGCAGCAGCAACACCUACAUCCGCAAGAAGGCUGCGCUCUGUGCCUUGCGUAUCAUUCGCCGUGUCCCGGACCUGAUGGACCACUUCUCCGACAAGGCGAAGACGCUCCUCCAGGACCGCAACCACGGUGUUCUUCUGGCUGGAAUUACCCUGGUGACCGAGAUGUGUGACAUGGAUGACGAGAUCGCCCAGCAGUUCCGCCCUGCCGCCCCUCUCUUGGUCAAGCACCUCAAGUCUCUUGUCACCACCGGAUUCAGCAUCGAGCACGACGUCAGCGGCAUCAGCGACCCCUUCCUCCAGGUGAAGAUUCUCCGCCUGCUGCGAGUGCUUGGGCGCGGCGAUGUCGAGGCGAGCGACACCAUGAAUGACAUUCUUGCCCAGGUUGCCACGAACACCAACUCGACCAAGAACGUUGGAAACGCGAUCCUCUACGAGACCGUCCUGACUGUUCUCGAGAUUGAGGCGGACAGCGGCCUUCGCGUCAUGGCGAUCAACAUUCUCGGAAAGUUCCUCACCAACCGUGAUAACAACAUUCGUUACGUCGCUCUGAACACCCUGAACAAGGUGGUCGGCAUCGACACCAACUCGGUCCAGCGUCACCGCAACACCAUCCUCGACUGUCUGCGCGACGGCGACAUCUCCAUCCGAAGACGUGCGCUCGAGCUCAGCUACGCCCUCAUCAACGAGAGCAAUGUCCGCAUCAUGACCCGCGAGCUGCUCGCUUUCCUGGAGGUCGCCGACAACGAGUUCAAGCUCGGCCUCACCACCCAGAUCUGGCUUGCCGCGGAGCGAUAUGCCCCCAACAAGCGAUGGCACAUCGACACUGCUCUCCGAGCACUCAAGUCGGCUGGAAACUACAUCCGAGAGGAGAUUCUUGCCGCUUUCCUCCGGCUAGUCGCCCACACCCCCGAGCUGCAGUUCUACACUGCUCAGCGCCUGUUCACUGCGCUGUCGAACGACCUGUCUCAGGAGUCUCUCACUCUUGCGGCUGUCUGGAUCCUUGGCGAGUUUGGUGACGUUCUGCUGCAGGGCGGCAGCAUCGACGAUGGAGAGGACGUCAAGCCGGUGACUGACGUGGCCAUGGUUGAUCUUAUGGAGACUGUCUUGACGUCGCCGUACGCCAACACUCUGGUGCGCCAGUUUGUCAUGACGGCGCUUGCCAAGUUGUCGGUGCGCUUCGCGGAGACGGGUUCGCAGAGCGGCGCCGAGCAGCAGAGGCGCAUCAACCAGAUCAUUGCCAACUACUCUACCAACCUCGAGCUGGAGAUCCAGCAGCGCAGUGUCGAGUUCGGCACGCUACUCAACAUGGGUGACGUCAAGAUGGGUGUUCUGGAGCGCAUGCCUCCGCCCGAGAUUAAGGCGACGAUCAUGGGAACGGUCAGCGAGAGGCGAAAGGUCGGAACGACGCGGGCAGACAAAGACACGGUGGUCGACCUCAUCGGAGACGACAUGUCGGCGCCGUCCGGACCGUCAAACGGUGCGCCCCAGCAGUCUCUGCAGUCGACGCAGGACCUGCUCGCGGACAUCUUUGGCUCCUCCGACGCUACGCCCGUCACUUCGCCCUCGGCGCCUGCUCCGGCCAAGUCACACGCGCAGGACAUCAUGUCGCUGUUCGACUCGUCGCCGGCGACCUCGUCUCCGGCGCCUACCCCCGCCCCCGCUGCCGCCGCCGGCGGUUCCCUCUUCGACCUCGCUUCCACUCCCUCUCCUCCCCCGACCACACGCUCCCCUCCUCCCGCACCUGCCGCUGCCCGGCCGCCUCAGGCGCCCCAACUGCAGUCCUACACGGCGUACGAGAAGAAUGGGCUCAAGAUCACGCUCACGCCCAAGGUCUCGGCGCAGCCCGGUGUUGUCCAGAUCCUUGCGCGCUUCACGUCCGCGUCGCCCGUCGAGGGCGUCAACUUCCAGGUCGCCGUGCCAAAGAUGCAGGCCAUGUCGAACCAGAACGUCCAGCCCGGGGCGACCGAAACGCAGCAGCUGCGCGUCAUUGCGCCGCCAGGUGCACAGAUUCGACUCCGACUCCGCGUCUCGUACAAGAAGGACGGACAGCCGGUGCAGGACCAGCUCGACUUUUCGGGCUUCCCGCCCAACCUCACGAGCGGGGGGAAGUAG